AUGGCUACAAUGUUCUGGACAUUGGCUUUAGUAACCCUCUGCUGCACACUACAAUCCCAUGCCCAAGCACCAGCAACCGCACCGGCAAAGUUGCCGAUUGCAACACCAACUGCAACUUCCCCAUCUUCCGGCACACCACCGGUAGCAGCAACACAACCACCAACUGUGGUGGCAUCCCCUCCCAUCACAACACAACCACCCACUGUGGCUCCAAAAUCUGCUCCUGUGACUUCCCCAGCUCCCAAAGUUGCACCGGCUUCAAGCCCAAAGGCACCACCAACAAGUUCACCUGUCUCAACUCCCACAGUGGUGCCAGCAUUACCACCAACAAAGAUAUCCCCAGCGCCGGUCCAAACACCGCCAGCCCCUGCACCGGUAAAGGCAACACCAACACCUGCACCAGCAACUGCACCUCCAAAGCAAGCACCAACUCCGUCACCUGUUCCUUCACCACCAACACAGGCACCAACACCCGUAACAGAGGCACCAGCGCCAGCACCGGUAUCCCCCAAGCACAAGAAAAAAGGACACAAACACAAGCACAGAAGACAUCAUGCACCAGCUCCAGCACCAACUGUUAUUAGCAAAAGCCCGCCAGCACCGCCGACCGACAGUACAGCAGAUGCUGACACAGCACCAGCACCAUCCCCAAGUCUGGAUCUGAAUGGUGCCCCAUCAAACCACCUGAAAGGGAAACAUAUAUUGGCAACAGCAGGACUUGCUAUUGCUGUUUUGCUAGCUGUCACUGGCUAAUGCUGCUAGCUGUCUCACAGUGGCCAUGGAUUCACUCUUCACAAUUAUUUGAUUGGCCAAAUUUGAAAUCAUUUCAUGUGUAUAGGUCUGAAUGAUGAGAAUCUAGAGUCUAGACCUAUGAUUCUUUUUUUUUUAUUUGCCUGUGAUCUUUGCUCGGAAAUAUUAAAGGAUAUGAAUUUUUUUAA